CGAGUUCUUUGUUUGGUUCAUUUAGUGAUCGUGUGAACUUUUUCUGAACCAGAUUCGUGUUGUUUGCCUUGGGUUGACUCCGGCUGAGCGGUCAGUUUAUGCACGCAGCUGCCCAGCGCGGUACACACGCGUCUCCGUCUCCUCUCCUCUCAGCACCUGGCGCGAUGGCAAACGGAGUGGUUCAUAUUUUCAAAGAAGACCGGUGUCCCUCAGGUCAUCCGGACGAUUGCCUCCCAAACUUUACUUGGCAGCCCGCGCUAUCGGAUAUGUUCAACUACACACCCAAUGGCACCUGGGACUCGGACGCAGAGCCAAUGUCGCCUAUCAUCCCCAUUAUAGUGGCCGUGUACUCUGUGGUUUUCGUGGUGGGCUUGGUGGGAAACUGUCUGGUCAUGUACGUGAUCAUAAGAUACACCAAAAUGAAGACAGCUACAAACAUCUACAUCUUUAACCUAGCCGUAGCAGAUGCUUUGGUUACCACAACAAUGCCGUUCCAGAGCACAGACUACCUGCUGAACUCCUGGCCUUUUGGAGAGGUCGCCUGCAAAGUGUUCAUCUCCAUUGACUACUACAACAUGUUCACUAGUAUCUUCACCCUGACCAUGAUGAGUGUGGACCGCUACGUCGCCGUGUGUCACCCUGUCAAAGCGCUGGACUUCAGGACGCCGCUCAAAGCCAAAAUCAUCAACGUGAUCAUCUGGGUUUUGUCGUCCGGAGCUGGGAUUCCUGCCAUGAUCCUGGGCAGCACUCAGACCAAUAAUGGUACUACCGAGUGUGCCCUCCAGUUCCCAGACCCUUACUCCUACUGGGACACCCUGAUGAAGAUUUGCGUCUUCAUCUUUGCCUUCGUCGCCCCCGUCAUCAUCAUCACUGUCUGCUACACGCUCAUGGUUUUAAGGCUCAAAAGUGUGCGCCUACUUUCUGGAUCUCGUGAAAAAGAUCGUAACCUUCGGCGGAUCACGCGCUUGGUCCUGGUUGUGGUAGGGGUUUUUGUUAUAUGCUGGACUCCCAUUCAUAUUUUCAUUUUGGUCAAAGCGAUAUACGCGGAUGUCCCAGAAACCACUGCGGUAACUGCGGCCUACUUCUUUUGUGUGGCGCUAGGCUACACUAACAGCUCUCUCAACCCGAUUUUGUACGCAUUUCUGGAUGAGAAUUUCAAGAGGUGCUUUAGGGACUUUUGCUGCCCAGGUGCCCAAGGACAGGGGGACCUCCAUGGGGUGAGUAGAGUUCGAAGCACCCUCAGAGACCACUCCUGUCCAGCAGAUGGCAGCAGGAGAGACGGCAGUGGUAGGGAGCCCAGGCCCGUAUGACUAGCCAUGGACACGCCCUCUUCCAGGUAUCAGGGCUGGGAGGACUCCAAUGACAUGGGUCUAACUCAAAUCACAGCUAUUUAGGAGCGACAUUCAAUAUUUUAUUGUAUUUAGCAUAGGGAAAAUUGCACAUUUAUUCACUUUUGACAUUUUAUUCUUGGGAUAUCGUUAUCGUACGGCAAAAAUACCUGCAGGCUUAUCAGAUUUUUGCACUAGGAGAGGGCUGUGUGACUUACAAUCAACCUGAGCAUAAGAUGUGUGAAGUUUUUUGGCAAUUUAAAGUGGGACUAAGCGCUAGAUCAACUUUGCUACUAACAACCUUGUGUAAAUUUGCAGCUUUCUGCUCAAAUAUUGUGUGUGUGUGUUGCCUCCAGUAGCCACUGCAAUUCCAAGUAACAUCACACAGUACCACCCUGAUUAAAGCCAAACACCUUUUGAAGUUUGAAGUGUGGAUAUGUAUUAGACAAAUUACACUGUUCCUUAUAUCUCCAGGCCCCGUUCCCUGCUUUCCGCUUUGUUCCUCUAGGUAGAUUUAAACAGCUCUAUUCAAAAUGUGAUUGGAGAUAGAGUUUAGGUGUUUAGUCCCACUUUAAUAAAAACAGUAGCUUUAAUGCAGGUACAUAAACUGGAUCAAAUGCCGUAGGCCUAAAAAAGCAUGGCUACCUGACUUCUCCCCCUCCUCUUAUCAGAAAGCAAGAAGCCAGUCUUUGAAACCACCUGUACAUAACCUU